AAAAGCGUCUUACGAAACAACGAUGAAGGAUUUAGACUACUGGUUCAACAUUCGCGAAGCGCAGCCAGAUCAAAGGUUUCAACGAGACUUCAAUGCCACUUCCUUCCCCAAGUUGCUACAGGACGCGAAAAAUGCAGAAAAACAGGUCAAGCAACUGCAGGCACGCUGCGAUUCUAUGAGAAAGUUCAUAAGCAAGCUUGAAUCGAACGCCUUACCUUCCAAGAAGCAGAUCAAGGUGGAUAACGAUCGAUUGCGCCAAAGGCUUCUUACCAUUCGAGCGAAAGUCGGACAAACGUGGAAACAAUAUAGCGAGUUGAUGGGGAAGCUCGGUGCCGCUUGCGACGAAUUUGAAUUUACGUUCGACCGCUUCGAGUACCAGCCUGAUUUACUCGAAAUCCAAUAUGCUGAGCGACCCCUACCAGCGGUCAUCUAUCGCAAGCUGAUUGCACACUGGACCGACUGCAAUGAAACCAUCAACCAAGCGGUCCUUCAAAUUGAUUCCAUUGGCAGUGAUAUCGUUCAACCGUCAGAAGACGCUCUAGAGUCCGUAGAAAAGGACAUUCAGGCACUCGCCCUUCAAGAACAGCAACUCUCGACCCGCGUUGUGUCGCUGGAUGGACAAUUGCAGGAAUAUCUACGAGCGCAUUCGCUAGCGUACAAUCCCCGGCUGAUACCAACGGUGGAGGAAACGGACGAACAAGCCCGAUCGCUAUUGAGCGAAAUCAAACAGCUUCAGGAAGUGUUGCACCAGCAGGCACCAGCGCUGAAAGCGAACGAAGUGAAACGCAUCCAGAAUCGCAUCGAAGAAAUAAAAGGUUUGCAGCAAUUGCAGAAAACAUCGUGCCGUGUGCUGAACCUUAACAACGCGAUCAUACCGAUCAUCGAAGUGUUGCACGUGCGUCAGUUGCAAGAGCUCAACACCUUGUUGGCUCGCUUAUCCUUGACGCUACUGGAGGAACUCGGUGGAAUUCUACGCCUGCUCUUCAUCUAUCGAGCCGACGAUGAUGAUUUAAACGUGUCGCUGAAUUCAUUUCGUACCGAGAAAAUAACUGGAAUACGCAUUGUUAUUAUCGACGAAAAAGACGAGGAGCACGAGCUGGCCAUUGAAAGCGGUAAACCGCACCUGGCGACACUGCUGGUCUAUAUUAGCUUCCUGUACGUCGAUGGCUGCAAGCUGCUGAUAAUGGACGAAGAAUUCGAGCAUCUUUUCGGAGGAACCGGUCGCAUGCUGCGGACGGUAGAGAGAAACUUCCCCAACAUGCAGUUCAUCAGAGUCAGCAGCAAGAACCAGUAGGCGCGUGGAGUUUUUUUCGUACUCUCUUUCUCUACAUCGUUAUUGUACCAUUUCUUUAUCAAAUGUUAUUUCUAUUUAUCCAUUUAUCUGCUCUCUAUAUAUUGCCCAUGGGGUAAUCACCCGCCGGUCAGAAUAACUUAAUUUUGAUAGCUUCUUAAUAUGUCCAAGGGAUUAGUCAUUAACGACUCAAAAGAAUAUGUCCAGCUAGAGAGUAGUAGUGCUGAAAUAUAUUUAUGCUUCACGCUUUUUGCGAUAAAGUGA